CUUUACGCCAAACCCGUGCUCAAAUUCGACCAUUACCAACCUAAGUCCGAGUCCGGACCGGUUGGUUUGGGCUAGACUUAACCACAUAUGACAUCACUAGGUCCUAUAACCAAGCUUGUCACAUCCAAAACAUCCCCAAGAAUUGGAUCUUGCAUCUUGACACUCACAAAAAAAAAAACCUCCCCCUAAUUUUCUCUCUCCUCAUUAUUCGUCCAAUUAAGCACCUCCUCCUUUCAACCCCCGCAAUCCAAGACACAUACAUAUUACAUACACAAUACACUCCUAAAAAAAUGAUUCAUUUCAUAAUAAAAUUCAUAAAUAAAACUUUACUCAAAUAUUUUGCUAACACAUACUUGUAUAAACAAUCCAAAAAUUCCUCCCUCUUUUUCUCUCUCCUCUCUCACGCUAACUCUCAAACCACCACAAAAUACCAUGAUUUCUCCUCUUCAUCAUCAUCAUCACUAUAAGCUAUGACCCUUUUCUCCGCCGCCGACGAACCCACCGGAAAACCCAAACCCGCCGGAAAAUCUGCCGGCUCCGGCGGAGGGACAGAGAUGAGGAUAAUCGUCCCUUUACAAGGCGUUGCUCAGGGAAGAGGGGGUCUCUUCUUUGGCUCUGUUAUACCCUGUGCUCUGUUUUACUUUCUUCAGCUUUAUCUUCGUAGAAAUCGUUCCGAUAACAAAGAUACUACUAGUGAUGAUAAUGAUAAUUCUUCUCCGUCGCCGGAGAUUGUUCCGCCGGCGCCGGGAUUGGAGAGGUCUCUGUCGCGGUCGCUUCUCUCACCUCGAAGCCCGGCUGGCCCGGCCCAUUUGUCUUCGAGAGCGGUUAAAUCGGUUAACAGUUCGCCGUAUCUUGUUGGGUUGAGUCGGGUUGAUGAUGACCCGUUUGAUCGGUUGGGUAAUCCUGAUGGUAUUUUUCAGCUUGGCUUGCCCGAAAAUCAUGUGUGUGUAGAUUUGGUGAGAGAAUGGAUGGUGAAAAAUGGGAAGAAUUCAAUAUUGUCAAGUACAAGAAAUGAGUACUGUGGUGGAGCAGAAGAAAUGAGUAUAAGUGGGACUGCAACUUAUCAACCUUUUGAUGGAAUCAUGGAAUUGAAAAUGGCAGUAGCUGGAUUCAUGUCUGAAAUCACAGAAAGAAGGGUUCAUUUUAAGCCGUCCCAAAUAGUUUUGACAGCUGGUGCAGCCUCAGCGAUUGAGAUCCUUUGCUUCUGCUUGGCAGAUCCUGGAAACGCAUUUCUUGUUCCUUCCCCGUACUAUCCUGGGUUUGACAGGGAUAUAAAGUGGCGAACUGGGGUUGAAAUAAUUCCUGUUCCUUGCCGUAGUGCUGAUAAUUUCAAUCCAAGCAUUACAGCCCUUGAUCGUGCUUUCCACCAGGCAAAGAAGCGUGGCAUGAAAGUUCGUGGGGUGAUUAUUUCGAAUCCCUCAAAUUCCGUUGGCAAUCUGCUUGGCAGAGAAGCACUCUAUAAUCUUAUAGAUUUUGCUACAGAGAAAAAUAUACACAUAAUAUCCAAUGAAAUUUUUGUGGGGUCUACUCAUGGUGGAGAAGAAUUCAUCAGCAUGGCUGAAAUGAUCGAAUCAGAAGAUCUUGAGCGCAACAGGGUUCAUGUAGUCUACAAUCUAUCAGAAGAUCUUUCUCUUAACAGUUUUAGAGCAGGAGUAAUUUAUUCUUUUAAUCAUAAUCUUUUGGCUGCUGCCACAAAAAUGGUGCGGUUUUCUCCAUUAUCAUCUAUAAUCCAACGAUUGCUAUUCUCAAUGCUUUCUGAUACAAGAUUCAUCCAGACAUUGAUACAGACUAAUAGAGAGAGACUACAGAGAUUAUGUAUGAAAUUUGUGUCAGGGCUGAAAGAAUUGGGCAUUGAAUCCACAAAAAGCAGCGGAGGUUUCUGUUGUUGGGUUGAUAUGAGUGGAUUAAUUCGGUCUUACAGCGAGAAAGGAGAACUUGAGCUUUGGGAUAAGUUGUUGAAUGUAGCCAAGAUCAACAUAAUACCUGGAUCUUCAUGCCAUUGCAUAGAGCCUGGGUGGUUUCAAUGCUGCUUUGCAACUUUAGGCGAAAAGGAUAUUCCUGUAGUUAUGGGCAGGAUACGAAGAAUCAUGGAAACUUGUAAAUCUCGUAGUUAAAUUGCUAUUCAUUUAUUAUACUUAAAAAGUGUAUAGUCUAGUUCAAAAAGAAAUUAUAUUGAUAGGAUAAGCUCCUGAAAAGAGAAUGAAAUUGCAGUUGGCAUAUUAGUUUGUUUAA